AUGCCCGUGACGCUGCCAGGACUCAAGUCGAAGCGGACGACCAAGCGCCGGGACGAGGCCCCGACGCCGGUUCUCAAGCGCGAGACGAUCCUGAGCAUGCUCCACGACCUCCAGCAGCGCGCCACGUCACGUGGGUACCAGUCCUUUGGGAAUCUCCAGCACCUCGAGGAGCAGGCCAAGGCGCAGACGAUCACCAACUUUCUCUCGGUGCGGUACCACGACAUCUACGCCGUCCGACGCGAGAGCGCGCCGGAAGUCGACCCGGACACGAAGCCGCGUCUCAAGAGCUUGGAGAAGCCGCGCUUUCGCCGGUCGCACUCGAAGCUCGACGUGCCACCCGCAGCGAUGACGCGCCGGCCGUCGCUUUCGGGGCUCCUCCCCGAGAUGACCAAGCCACUCGAGCCGCUGGCGCCCGUCGAAGUCCCGAAAGAGCAGGCGCCGCCCCCGGUGGUUGUGCCCGUCGAGCGUCAAUUCCCGCCGCUCUACUACAAGAUGAAGGCGAUCUGGACGACGCCGCUGACGAGCAAGCCGUCCGAGGAGGAGUGGGUCGGGCUCCCGGUGGCCGAGCACACAGUGCGCAGCGUCUUUGGCAUCGACGUCUACGAAGCACGCGGUAUCGCCAAGGCCUUUCCCGUCGAGACGGUCGAAUCGCUCUACCAGCUCUACACCAAAGAACGGAUCCAUGGGCGAGAAGGCCACAUGCGGGAGCUCAUGCAGAAAGCUGUCUUCUCGUCGACGACGAGCAACCGCGUCAUGGCACUCCUCAAGCAAAUCGACAGCUUUAGCAUCUUCCUCACCAACGACCGCGAGCGCGAGACGACGCAUGAGGACGGGGUCGAGACCCCAGCGACCAUCACCACCCCCAGCACGACGUCACCCGACGCUCAAACACAGCAGGACGCCAUUCAAGCGGCGCCGAUGCCUGAGCGCAAAGCGUCGGCCGUCUUGCCCGACCAUAGCACCAGCAAGCAGCGUCACAUGAGCCUAGCGACGUCGGCGCUUUUGUUCCUCCCGCCCAUGACACCCUCGGCGCAGAACCGCAGCGACAUGAUCGACGUCUACCUCCGCGAGUGCGCCAACCUGCACGUGUUUCCGUCCAAGAAGGUGCUCGCGCUUGUCGACUCCUCGAUUGUCGACUUGCGCAAGUUUCACAUUGGCAAGCUUGGCGCGAUCGCGCUCCUCUCGGCGCUGCACCUCAACGCGGGCUUGGAAGUGCUCGACGUCUCUAACAACUUUAUCUUGGCGGCCGGCGGCAACCACGUGUGCUCCCUCCUCGAGCUGCACAGGUGCCCCCGCCUGUCGCGCCUCGCGCUCGCCAAGAACCGCAUUGGCACGCAAACGGCAAGCCGCCUCUUGCACGCGCUGACGGUGAGCCAAGUGCCGCUGACGGACCUCGACCUCAGCGGCAACGAGAUCCACGAUCGGCACGUGGAUGAGCCGCUCGGCGUCUUCUUGUCCAUGACACCGACGCUCACGUCGCUCAACGUAAGCGAGAACCAGCUGCGGGAUCCGAGUGCCAAGGCGAUCGCGGUCGCGCUGAGCCACGGCAGUAAGCUCAAGACACUCAAUGUGGCGUGGAAUGCCAUGACACCGAUGGGCGCGAGUAGCCUCGUGCAAGCGCUGAGUGCCAACCGUUGUCUGGAGAGCUUUAACUUGAGCUGGAAUCGCCUCGGGCACAGCACCGGAUGCAUCAUGGCGACGGUUCUCUUGCGCAACCAGACUCUCCGCAUCGUGGACCUGGCAAGCGGCCAGCUCUCGGCCGUGUCUGUCUACCUCAUGGGCGACGCGCUGCAGUUCAACCACGGGCUAUCGCACUUGACGCUCGACCAAAACGCAAUUGAUGAUGACGGCAUGCGUGUGCUCCUCCGCGCGACGCGGCACCGCUCCAAACUCCACCCGCUCACGCUCAGUCUGCACAACAUGGUCUUUGAGGCGACUAACGGCCCGCCGCUGUUCAACGUCGUCAGCCCCGCGGGGUGCUACCACUUGACGCUCCGAGAGCCCGCAGACCGCGCGGUUUUCGAGCUCUUGCGCGUGCGUGCGGCGAACGGCGUCGGCAGCUUUCAUAACAUGUCGAUCAACGGCGCGCCGACCGAGAACCUCCGGCGCCUCGAGCGCAUCGCUGCGACGGCGACAACGUCGAUCGCACUGCAGCUCGACUUUGUGCUCAACCCGAAACCGCCUCGGUCCGAGACGGUGCACUUCCGCCUCGACCUCGCCAACGCCCACGACCGGGCCAUGGUGCAAAUCCUCAUGCAACGCGCCAGCGCCGAGCGAGGGGAAAACUGGCGCCACGAGACGCUAAAUAGCGUUCCGUUUGAGUUUCGAGAAGACACGACGGGGCCGCAAUGGCUCGAAGCGCACCCGACAGGCAUCCUCGAGCUCGACUAUGUGAGCACGCGCCUCUUUUGCGAAAAGCACUACUCACUCGACUUGAGCCAGUCGACGGACCGCGCGAUUGCGUGGAAGCUGCUCGAGCGUGUCGAGCGGAGCCACCAAGCGCUCUCGGAUCGCAGCGACGCGUGGCACAACAUGACGCUGGACGGCGAACCGACCGCGCUGAGCGAGUGGGAAAAGCCGGCUUUUGCGCUCCGAGGCAAGUGGAAGUGGCGCGUCCCCACGGUCGGGCAGCUCGAGUUUGACUUUUACACGCCCGAGCCGCACCAGGUGCACGCCAAGCACUACCGUCUCGACCUCGCCAACACCCACGACCGGCACAUUGCCCAAGAGCUCCGCGUCCGGAGCUUCGAGUCCAUUGGCGAGUGCUGGUGGAACGAAGAGAUCGACGGGUACCCGUUCCGCAUGGCCGAGUCGGCGACGGCCGAGUACGAGUUUCCGCGCAAAGGCGUUUUGAGCUUUGAUUUCCUCGUGCUCCGGCCCGCGCACUACGUGCAGAGCAUGUCCCUCGAGCUGUGCAAGCUCGAUCUCUCGCAGUUUGACGAUUUCUUUCGCGCCGAGCUCCUCCGCCGCCUCUCGGUCGCCGAGCCCCACGACUAUGUGUGGACCAACACGACGCUGAACGACAAGACGUACGUACUUCGACCCAACGCGAUGCUGCCGGCGCAGGGCAAACUGAUCUUCUCGGCCAUGAUGUUCCACGGUCUGGCGGCGCCCGCCUCCGACGAUGCCUUUCAGCUCCUGUGCGAGCAACUGCAUCUCGCGCGGGACAGCCCCGAUCGCCAAAAGCGCAUUCUGGCGGUUGCCUGCGGCCCACGCAACGACGAGGACCUGCGUCCAGGCCACGAAGACGAGACGAACGACCACCACCGCCUCUAUUUUACUCGCGCCCAUCUCGACUCACUUCUGACCGCGUUUGAAGCCGAGCAACACCGACAGCAGGCAUUCGAUCUCGUGUACUGCAACGUACUCGAGAAGCCGGCGGCGAUGACGCUGGCGAUUGAGCUGCACAGCCAAGCGAUGGCGCACUUUAUUGGCGUCGGCGACUACACCGAGUUUGAAAAUACCUGCGUCAAGGUCUUCCUACAAGCUCGCUUCAACCCCAGCAGCCCAGUGUAG